CCGGAGCUCCAGCGCCGUCAACUCUUCAAAACCACGACUCCUCAUCACAGCCCUCACCACUCUUCUUGACCACUUUCCUCAUCUCCCCUAUCACACACAAUGGUCGGCCCGACUGCGUCUCUCUCAAACUUGAGCCGUGCUGACGGCUCUGCAUCCUUCAAAUGCCCGAUUACAGGCUACAAGGUGCUGGGCGCCGUCAAUGCACCCAUUGAGCUACCUGCUCGCCGUGACGCCCUGAAGCCCGAGGAAGCCACCGUCGAGGUGUUUGUUAAGCCUGGAAAUACCACCGCUGGAGUUGGUGAGCGCUAUGUGGAGGGUAUUCUGCGAACGAUGCUACAAAAGGUCAUCCUCGGGCGCGAGCGUGGAUUUGCUCGGCGCGGUGUAGUCAUUACGCUUGCGAUUAUUGGCGGUGAUGCGGUGCAGCGCGGCGAUUCGUACCUGACUAUCCUCCCGGUCCUCCUCCAAACCUCCCUGCUCGCCUUGCUCUCCGCUGCCGUCCCCAUGUCCAUGACCUUUUCCACUGCAUUGCUUGCUGUUACCAAGUCGGGUGACAUUAUCAGCGAUCCCUCUCCCGUCGAGGCAAAGACAGCGUCGUCCCUGCACGUCCUUGCGUUUUCCUCCAAGGGCCACCUUCUGCUCAACGAAAGCCAGGGUGCCUUCGAUUUCGAUACAUGGGAGUCAGUCCGGGAGCGCGCAUACAUCACCUGCCGGGGGGCUGCCGUGGCUGGGUCCGACGGAGAUAUCGCAAUGGGCGAGGAGGGGGAGGAUGGCCGUGCCGAUGGCUUCAUCCGCGAGACCGUGGAGGACCAUCUGCACCGCGAUUACGCCUGGAAGAUUGACUCUGCUUGAGGCCGUCGGUUGAAUUAUUUCGGAGACGAUAUACAAAUCCGAUGACCGCAGGUCUUGGACUUUUGUCCCUAAGCAGUCAGGGUAGUCCGCCACCCGUUACCUCCUUACGGUACCCAAGUCUGCAGCAACCCCAAAAGAGCCCGUCGAUCGUAUACGGGCAACGAAGACUGGGAUUACGUUGGUGGCUACGCGUCAUGCUCCGUCAAGGCCACUAUCACCUGACGGUCUCUGCAUGUAUGAGGGGUCAUUCCGAGCAUUGUGAUCAAGAUGAUAGCAACUCCAGCUGCACGAUUGGAUUUGGUGAGCCUAGAUGGGCGUGAAGGGCUCGGCUAGGGCGGUUCACCUUGUCAGAUCAAGUCAGAGGGCACAAGCUUGUUUCCCAAAGCCAACGGGCGACAGGAUUACGGAGACCGAGUCGGUUUCUCGGGUCAGGAAGCGGCGCUCAAGCCCUCCUGCUCGAGGCUGGACUGUACCAAUGGGAUGGAAACGGUGCAGCCAGCGCGGGGCAAUACCUAGAUAGAAAAUAGAUGCAUCAAUGCCACGAGCCUCUUUCGUCCCU